AUGAAUAAGAUGAGUUUGGGUACCGAUUGCAAGGGUCAUCGAGGAAUGUGGCCCGUGAUUUUGAUCGUGAUAUGCUCGUUUCAUAUUAUAAUUAGUCCAGUCGAGGCCCGAUGUUGGUUCACGAAAGGCUAUGAAAUACGUAUCCAUAACGACAUGAUAUUAGAACCAUUUUCGAAUGUAAAGUUCCAUUGCGCGUCAAAGGACCACAAAAUAGGUUACCACAACUUGUCGUGGUCCGAUUCUGGCGACUAUUUCUCAUGGGAUUUUUGCGACAGCAUUUGGGGCAACACAUUGUACUUUUGUCGCUUUUGGUGGGGAAAUAAACAAGUGGCGCUCGAGGUUUUCAACCGCAAGAUAGCAAAGGAGUUGGUCGGGGACAAUUACGUUGUUUAUUAUGCUGUCACGUCUCGAGAUGUCGAGCGGGAGCACUUGGAUACUUUAGGUCCUUUAGAGGUUUUCCCUUGGCAAUAA